AUGUCGUUUUGCACUGCCGUAGCGAAAAUUUUUAAAGACGCAGGACUGCAAGUGAGUAUUCAAUUUCCUGUUUCUAUAUGUUUGUUCUUUCGUCCGUCUGUCCAUCCAUCCAUCUGUCUGUCCGUUCGUUUGUCGACCCUGGUCCCAUCUCUCUGUUUGAUCGGAGUUGUUUUAUAUUUCUUGUUUAGGACAUUAUGAUCGAAUCAGAGAUUGUUGCACCAGGAUCGUUGAAAGGUGUAUUAUCUGGAAAGCACUACAACUGCUGCGUAAGAGCUCAUAAAAUGAUGUAUGAGGUAAUGGAAAGGUUGCGCUUCCAAGCCUUCGAGAAAACUUUGUCAACAUUGGAAAAAGGUGAUAUCCACGCGAUCGAUAUCAAUGUGCAAGAAGACAAAGAGAGACGAAAGUUUAUGGAAAUCUGCGCCAGCGACAAAGUCACCGAUAUGAAAAUGUUGUACGACCUGUUUAUCGAAAAACAAUGUGAAGAAAAUCCCUUAUUUGCAUUCUGGUCCAAGUACAUCGAGAUGGUACAGCUACUUCUACUUUAUAUUAGAGCGACAAGAACAUCGGACUGGACACUACACCUCAGUUCAUUACGUUCCAUGAUUCCCUGUUUUUUUGCAACAGAUCGCGUAAAUUAUUCCCGCUAUGCACCGUGUUAUUGGCUUGAGAUGAUGUGCCUCGAUGAAACACACCCCUGUAAGUGUACCGGCAAUCCCUUUAUUCAUUCCCGCUCCUUUAAGUUGUUGCUACAACUAUACUAGCUAUUACAUUGGACUCCAAUGCCUUCGCUUUUACAGCGUGUCGAAGAACGAACCUUCUAAUGUAUUCAAUAAUGCUAAAUUUCCCAUAAGGGAAUGUUCGACACGUAUUUUUCUUUUUUAUAUGCUCGUUACUAAAGUUGUGGCUGCAAGCAUUACACAGAACUGGACCGUACAAAGGCAAGAUGAAUAUGGAUUCUCAAGUGUGGCAUGUGGUUAAACAAUUGAACAGACAGUAAAUAGAUGAGAAGUGCUAUAAAUAUCUUAUAUAUACAAUAUAUUAGUAUGUGCGCUAAAUGGGUAUUUAUAUGUGUAUUAUUUUUUGUAGAGAUUCAAAAAUGAAAGGGGGAAUGGUGGGGAUGACGCUGAACAAAGGAGCUGCCCACCGUUGGUUAAUGGGGCGAGUGGAGGGGAGUGCUAUUACCAAACAGUGUGAAGCCAUGGCAAACGUAACUGAAGUUACAAGGUAAUUCAAUUGUACAUUAUUAGUAUUUAUCUCUCUUUUAAAAGUUUCAACGAAUGCGAGAUUUUCACAAAACGUUAAUCUAUCAUUUAGGUUAAGAAAGAAUUUGGACAAAACGCGGAUAGAAGCAGACGAGAAAGCAGUAGAGGAUGUCACCAAAACAAUAAAAUCAAUGAUCAAUCCUUUUGCGAAUGAGCAUGAUGAACUGGUGCAUUUGGCAAGCGGAACUAUUGCCCCUCUUCAAGUUGCGGAAGACAUGAAAACUAUGUUGCAGAAAGGUGAAACUGCUGCAGUUGAAUUCAUGAAGACGCACAUCAUUAGUGAUCUGAACCAAACAUAUACCCAACGUUAA